CUGCUCUCAUUGCCAGCAACCCAGCGGCGGCGCUGAGAGUGAGCUACUUCUCUGGUCAGGCAGGACAGCAGUGCUAGCAAAUUUGAAAAAGCAGGAAACAGCCACUGCAUGCAGAGCGUCCAGCCUUACAACUCCCCAGGCUAGUCUUCCAAGCAACCGUGUAGCCAGAGAUCCUUGGUAUUGUGGUCACAUCCCUCCUCAAAAGUGAACAGUCACCAUCCGCGACAUUGAGAGGAAGCCGUGAUGUUGCAGAUGCUGUGGCAUUUUCUGUCUAGCCUUCUCCCUAGGGCUGGGUGCCAAGGCUCCAGAGAGGGGAAGGAUAAUGAAGUCACAGGCACCCUGGCUCCAGCUCGGGGAGACCAGAUGUCAAGCUUUUUGGGGAAACAGGACGGAAAGGCUGAGGCCACGGAAAAGAGACCCACCAUUUUGCUGGUGGUCGGACCUGCAGAGCAUUUUCCUAAGAAAAUCGUGCAAGCUGGAGACAAAGACCUCGAUGGGCAGCUCGACUUUGAAGAGUUUGUCCAUUAUCUACAAGAUCACGAGAAGAAGCUGAGGCUGGUAUUCAAGAGUUUGGACAAGAAGAAUGAUGGACGAAUCGAUGCUCAGGAGAUCAUGCAGUCCCUGCGGGACCUAGGAGUAAAGAUAUCCGAACAGCAGGCGGAAAAGAUUCUCAAGAGAAUACGAACGGGCCACUUCUGGGGCCCUGUCACCUACAUGGAUAAGAAUGGCACAAUGACUAUUGACUGGAAUGAAUGGAGAGACUACCACCUCCUCCAUCCCGUGGAAAACAUCCCCGAGAUCAUCCUGUACUGGAAGCAUUCCACGAUCUUUGAUGUGGGUGAGAAUCUGACAGUCCCUGAUGAAUUCACAGUGGAGGAGAGGCAGACGGGGAUGUGGUGGAGACACCUCGUGGCUGGAGGCGGGGCGGGGGCUGUAUCCAGAACUUGCACGGCGCCCUUGGACAGGCUCAAGGUGCUCAUGCAGGUCCAUGCCUCCCGCAGCAACAACAUGUGCAUUGUGGGUGGGUUCACCCAGAUGAUUCGAGAAGGCGGGGCCAAAUCUCUCUGGCGGGGAAAUGGCAUCAACGUCCUCAAAAUUGCCCCUGAAUCAGCCAUCAAAUUCAUGGCCUACGAGCAGAUCAAGCGUCUUGUGGGGAGUGACCAGGAGACUCUGAGGAUUCACGAGAGACUUGUGGCAGGGUCCCUGGCUGGGGCCAUCGCUCAGAGUAGCAUCUACCCAAUGGAGGUUCUGAAGACCCGAAUGGCCCUGCGCAAGACAGGCCAGUACUCGGGCAUGCUGGACUGUGCCAGGAAGAUCCUAGCCAGAGAGGGAAUGGCCGCCUUCUACAAAGGCUACGUUCCAAACAUGCUGGGGAUCAUCCCCUACGCUGGGAUAGACCUAGCUGUCUAUGAGACGCUCAAGAACGCCUGGCUACAGCGCUAUGCGGUAAACAGUGCAGACCCUGGCGUGUUUGUGCUCCUGGCCUGUGGCACUAUGUCCAGCACCUGUGGCCAGCUGGCCAGCUACCCACUGGCCCUGGUCAGGACCCGGAUGCAGGCCCAAGCCUCCAUUGAGGGCGCUCCAGAGGUGACCAUGAGCAGCCUCUUCAGACAGAUCCUGCGAACCGAGGGGGCCUUUGGCCUGUACCGGGGGCUGGCCCCUAACUUCAUGAAGGUGAUCCCAGCUGUGAGCAUCAGCUACGUGGUCUAUGAGAACCUGAAGAUCACCCUGGGUGUGCAGUCUCGGUGACGGGACGGGGGGCAGCUGCGCUUGCUCGGCGGACUCCCAGAUCCUGGGUCUGCAGCCCCGGGAUGUGUAGCCAUCCAUUCUGUGAAUGUGCCAACACUAAGCUGACAGAAGCCAAGCUGUGAAAAGCCUGGGAUGUGCCCGCAAGGGAGUGGGGCAGGGCCUGGCAGGCCCACCGGGUAUGUCCUGCUGACUCUGGCCGACCACCACGUCCGUUCCCGGGGCCAGCAGGACAUGGGCACAGGCACGCAAGCUCCAGACCUUUCCUGAGGUGCCUGCCAGAUAGCAGGGCCCAGAGCCGGCUUAGUUCUUCCCUCUGGCAGCCAGACCACCGGCCGCAAGCCCUGCUCUCUGGCCUGCUGGGCAUCUACCCCAUGCCCACCUUGCUUCCUUCCUUGCUGCUGUGUUGAUAUGGUAGGAGGAAGGCUGCCAGCCCCCUCCUCAUGUUACCGCUUGCUCCCCUCCCCUCGGUCCAUGGGGGCCUCACACCUUGACUUCUGGCCUAUGGUGUCACCUUUGGCUAGGUUGUGCCGGGGAGAGGGAGGAGUCUGGCUUCUUGCUCAUCCUCCUCUGAGCCCUGCUGUUGGCCUCUGAGCUCACCAACAGAUGGGCACCUGGAUGUGUGUGUGCAUGCUGGGGGCAAGGCCAAGCCCCGCCAUUGGCUGCCUGGCGACCCAGUGCAUGGCUUCAUGGAAGGCGAGUACUGGCCUCUGCAAUGUGGAGGGCCUUGCUCCUCCUGCUGCCAGGGUUGUCCUGGUGCUCUGAGCUGGCCCCAGACUGUCAGCACUGGCACCAGCUCAGAACCAGCUCCCCGUGCCCGCUCUGGAAUGAGAGCAGGGGGCCAUCACAUAGUUCCUGGAAGGGAGCUGCUGCCCAGUGUCUGCACACCCCAAUGAGAGGAGAAGGUGUUCAAGGCCUUAAUUAUGUACCGUUGGGCAAAGGGUUUUGUUCAGAAGGACAAGCUGGACAAAUGUGCAAAUUCUGUGCUUCCAGAGGGAGACAAAGGGGGUUGAGAGCCUGGCUGAUGGCAUUAAAGUCUGUUUCCGAGCCCCUGGGGAUUCCUGUUGGAUCCCAAUCGGGGCAGAGUGGGACCAGCCUCACAUUCCACUGAUGCAGGGUGUCACUGCUUGGAGCCUAUUUAUUUCAUAUUUAUUUGAACAGAGUUAUGUCCUAACUAUUUUUAUAGAUUUGUUUAAUUAAUAGCCUGUCAUUUUCAAGUUCAUUUUGUAUUCAUAUUUAUGUUUGUGGUUGAUUGUACCUUCCCUACACCCUCCAGGCCGGGUGGGGAGAGGAAGGAGGGGCUGUGGGAGUGACCUUUCCCACCACUGGCCACACUGACGUCAAGUCUGUCCAAAGAAAUUCCUCAGAACUGGCGACAGAUAAAAAAAAAGGUCAGAUCGGGAGGGGCCCUGGCCAGGGGGAGAUGACUGUGGGCAGGUUGGGACAGGGUUCACACCCAGGAAGCCUUAGGGUCUGAGGGUUUGACCAGCAGCAGGAAGAGUGGCAGAAAUCUCAAUUCCAUCAAAGAUGGAGGUCCACAUCAUUUCUUGGGCUCGGAGGAUCUGUUUCAUCCUUUAGCACAAGUGCCAAGGGUCCUAUCACUGUGAGAUUGGGGUGGGGAGGAGAGGAGAGGGCGGCUAGCACCGCCCUCCUGCCUGUGAAUCGGGCUCCCUCCUUUCCUGCCACCACGACCCCUGCUCAGCAAUGCUGGUCAACUUGCGACUCUCAGGGUCGCACUUCCAUUCCACCAGAAUGGCCUGGUGAGGACAAUUCAAAUAGGAUGCAAAGAUCAAUGCAAAAAUUGUUAUAUAUAAAUCUAGCGAUAACUGGAAUUUGUGAAAAAGCAAAUUAAGAAAGGAUUGGAAGUUGUCAUUUAAAAAACAGCCUUCUAAUAAAGUUGUUUUCAAAGCUGA